UUAUAAAUCAAUAAUAGGCGGGGAUUUCUGGCAUGCAGAAUUGAUUAUUGUGCAUAAAUGGAAGCGAUGAGCAUGCGAUUUAUUUAGUUUGAAUGAAGUGCUCGAAAAGUGAAUAAGUCUGUGCUCGAUAGCCAAUUUGUGUACAAAUAUAUAUACACACAUACAUACAUAACCAUAUAGUAUACAUUCAACUGCGGAUUAUAUUCACAUACAUAUAUACAAGACAAAUAAUUAUUACGGUGCAAAUUAUCGACAGUGAUCAAGAUGACGUCAUUGCGGUAUCGUCUUUUAGUCAUAUCAAGCCUCCUAGCCACGAUUUCAUUAAAUAUGGCUACAGCCGGCACCAUUGCGCCCUCGCUUGCGGCCAGCCAUAAUAUCUUCGCUCUGGAUAUGUUUAAGACGAUCGCCACGGAGAGAUCGCAGGAAAAUGUCGUCUUUUCGCCGGCGUCCAUACAAAGCAGCCUUGCGCUGGCCUUUCUCGGUGCUGGGGGAGAAACCGCUCAGCAGUUGCGCACUAGCCUACGCUUACCGGCUGCACUGGACACAGAUAGCAUUGCGCAGGACUAUGCGGGUUUUAUAAAAAAGAAUUUCCAUGCUGAUCCAAAUGCAAAGAAGGAUGCGCCAAAGCUGCGCAUGGCCAGCCGCAUUUACGUGAAUGAGAAUCUGAAGCUGUCGCCGCAAUUUAACAAGCUCGCGAAAACUAGUUUCGAAUCAGAGGCGACAUCAGCAAACUUCGCCGAUUCAACUUCAACUACUAAGUCCAUAAAUACGUGGGUGGAGAGCCAAACUGAGGGAAAAAUUAAAGAUCUGUUACAACCAGAUGCCGUGAAUUCCGAGACUAGUGCCAUUCUCGUGAAUGCGAUCUAUUUUAAGGGUAAGUGGCUGCAUCCAUUCAGUGAGAUAUCGACCACCCAACAAGAAUUCAGAAUGAGCGGAGGACAGACGACAACAGUGGCCAUGAUGAAUUCAGAUGAGCGGUUAAAAUAUGCCGAUUUGUCCGAUUUCGAUGCGAAAGCUAUUGAAUUGCCCUACAAGGACUCUGAUCUCUCAAUGUUGUUAGUUUUGCCCAACAAAGUGGACGGUUUGCAAGCGUUGGAACAGAAGUUGGCAAAUGUCGACCUUAAUCUGAUUGCAGAGCGAAUGCGUUCGCAAAGCGUAGAUGUUUUUCUGCCGAAGUUUCGCAUCGAAUUCGAUGUUGAUUUAAAGCAGCCACUUCAGCAGCUGGGCAUAGUGAACAUGUUUAGUGACGCAGCUGAUUUCAGUGGCCUCUUUGCUGAGAGCCAGGCGCAGAGGAUUGACGAAGUUAAGCACAAAGCUUUCUUAGAUGUGAACGAAGCUGGUUCGGAGGCUGCGGCGGCGACCUUCAUGAAAAUUGUACCGAUGAGUCUCAACUUGGACCAGAAAAUCUUUAGAGCCGAUCACCCCUUUGUAUUUGCGAUACGAAAUAGAGAAGCGGUGUACUUCGUCGGGCAUGUGGCAAAAUUUUGAAAGAUAUUCGCAAUUUAUUUGUAAAAUAUUUUGAUUAAAUGUACGAAGAUGUAAUGCUUUUAAUAAGUUUUGAAACAAACAAAUAUGGUUUGGGGGUGCGUAUUGAGGAGGAAAGAAGUAAAUAAAAAUAAUUGAUCCGAACAGUGAAUUAAGGUUUAGGUCGUCUAA